AUGCCCCGCAGGCAGUUUGUGGCCGACCUGGCCACCGCUGUCAAGUUCACUUCAGUCGCAGGCAUCUCAGACGUGCAACCUGGUGGCGACGAUGGCGAAUUCACCUUCGUGUGCGUCGCUGACGGUCACAGUCUCCAGAUAUCUGCUCUGAUACCCGAGCUAUCUGACUAUCCAUCGAACCAUGACUGCAUGAUCUUUGGUCCUGACGAUGCUUCUUCCAGUGUUGCCAGCACCUUAGCCAGCAUCUCGGCGUCUGGUAAGACAGUCCAACAGAUUCUGGAACUUGUCUCUCGCAAACUGGAGUCGACCGACAAGGAUGGUGACCGCCACAUGAUCAACUCACAAAACUUCGAUGGCCCUGAGGACGAAUCGGACGACGACGAUGAAUUUGGGGAAGAGUAUUUUCCCGGGGACGAGGACUCAAUGCCAAGGGCUUUCGUCAAUGGCCACCCGCUUCCGACCGCUGGCACCUUUACAGAGCCCACAAAUGCCAUUCGUCAACGUAUCCGCCGUGAUCUACUGGCAGCGAAGAGCAGCGGCUUCAAAGUUGGUCAUCUAGGUGGCCUGAUGGAUGGUUUAGGAUGCUACGUCAGCAUAUCUAUUCGCAUCGCGAAGCUUGGUAUCUCAGAAGAGGCGAUGCAAGCGUGGCGUGUGGAACCCGCGGAGUAUCUUAUCGCCUUGUUUCACUAUCCAGCUGGCUAUAGGACUAUGGAUGAUGUACUAUCAUACGACAAUAGCCAGGCACAACGCAACCUCGCGAUACGCAUUGGCAUCUCCAAAUUCUACAAGCCGACGUUGCAGGAGGCCGUGCAGGCUUUCAACGUUCUUAGCAAAGACGACGAGAAACGCGACGAUCAAUCUCAGCAGGCAGAUUCCCAGCAGCAAUCAACCAUUCACCAAGGCUUUCGGCAAUCUUUCAUAUCAAGGCCGUUGAACGAGCUUCUGGCGCAACGAUUCUACAUGCUGCUGAAGUAUCGAUACGCGGGGAUGGAUUGGAACGGAGCUGAGAUGUUCUAUAAUGACCAGAUCCUUCGACCAGUUAGCAGUCGUUCCGAAGGCUCAGAAGGCAAGUAUUAUGUCCCUGAAGUCGUCACCACUGCAUACCCUCCUUUGAUCACAGCCGACCAUAUCCUGCAAUCGGCGGGCCAGGAGCACUCGUUGCCUGUUGUUGGCAUGCAAUUCAUGCUCAGGCACUUUGUGCGCUGUACCGAAUUCUGUCUCAUCUGCUUCAGCAAGAUGGUAGAUGAACUCCAGGCAAUCAAGCCAUACGUCUGCGACAACCCCCUCUGCCUUUACCAGUACAUGUCGUUGGGAUUUGGCCCCAGCAUUGAGCAUGAGGUUCUCUCACAACCAAAGGUAGUGGACCUACUUGUCAGUUUUUGCUAUGCUAGUGCACGCCAGUCCAGACUGAAAAGCUUCCCUGCUGGUCUUGCAUUGAUGGUACCUCCUCCAUCUUCCUACGAAGAGGAAUACGCCAUUACUCAACCCCGAAGUGGCAUGCAUCUGCAGCCAUCAACGCAACCCCGUAAGAAACCAGACAAAGGGCGCGAGAUUGCCCCCACAGCGAUUAAAGUCAAACUCGAUACUCGGGAAAUUUUGUUCGAAGAUAAAAGCAAGCAGUGCCCCCUGCGUACGAACGAGUGGAUCACAUUCCGCUUCGAUGACGACCCAAGCAAAGCCUUGCACUGCCGAGUCGUAGAAACUUCGUAUUAUCCAACGGUAAAGAUUUCCGAGCCCCUAGAGUCUGCCAUCGCGACCCUGGAUGCAUCUUCUCGAGGUCAUGGCCUCCCCUCAAUUGCUCCGCUACCAACUUCGGCACCGAAGCCGGCUUCUCUGGUCCCUUGCAAAAAGAGCGACUUCCGUCCCGCUAAGUUCCAAGCCUAUGACCAAAAUUUCGACGAUCUGUCUGAGCAGAACAAGCGACAGGUAGUCUGUCUCCUUCUCGAUUUGUUACCGUCUACCGUAGACAUGAGACAGUAUCUGCUUCGCAAAGCUCAAUCUUCUCUCAGCGCCUGGAUAGAUCGCCUUUGCCCAGCAGCAUUAGGAUUGUUGCGCUGGAUUAUAGCAUCGAAUCGAGCAUGCAUUCUCCAAGUCGAUACUGAGGAUGAUGCUCCUUCUGGGCGAAAAGCUGAGGAUCGACUGUACGGAAUGUCAAGGUGGACCCAGUUCAGGUUUGCCAUGGGUGCACCAGACAAAGAACGACGUUUUGUUCAAUCUGUACGGACUGUCACAGAUCGACUGCAUCUGAAAUUUCCAACUCUCUUCGCAUGGCACGGAAGUCCUCUUCAAAAUUGGCACAGCAUCAUCCGCGAAGGCUUACACUUCAAUGAGACUCACCACGGUCGUGCGUUCGGCCACGGUGUCUAUCACUCUUUGGAUGCAAAUACCAGCAUAGGCUAUUCAGGUUUUGGAGGAUAUGGUUACACAUGGCCAAACAGCGAGCUCAACAUUCAACAGGCUCUAGCGCUGAACGAGAUCUGCAAUGCACCCCAAGAAUUCGUUAGCAGAACCCCGCAUCUUGUAGUUGCCCAGCUCGACUGGAUCCAGACUCGCUAUCUGUUCGUCAGUAGUGCCACGCAUCAGCAGAUGAACGGUUCAACGGACAAGAAAUCCAUGCCGCUGGAGAUCCUUGAGCAGGACCCGACUAUGACACCGAUGGGGAGUGACUGCAAGCUUGUCAUCCCAAUACACGCAGUCACAGGGUCCAGACGAUCAAAGUCGCUUAACACUACUCAGCACAAGCGGAUGAAAGCAAAUGGAACGAGCAAGUAUGAUGCUAUCGAGAUCGAUGACGACGAUACUUCAAGCAUCGCCACGCUAGAUGAGGAUCGCAUCGUUCUCGAUGAUGGCUCUCUGAGUGACGAGCAGUCUGUCGAUGCCUUAUUGACACCUAAUUCUAACAAGCAUGGACUGAGCAAGUCUGCAUUUGGUACUUUCUUCAGUAAGUUGAGGCCCUCAAAGUCUCUUACGGACUACGUUCCUGGAACGUUGGACUACAGCACCUUGCCCAUGCUCCAGCAACCCUCUUGGGCGUCUUCUGCUGCGACGAGAUGCUUGAUGCGAGACUUCAAAGCCCUCAUUGUGACACAAGAUGCGCAACCUUUGCACGAGCUUGGAUGGCACAUUGACGCGGAGAAGAUUGAGAACAUCUACCAGUGGAUCGUAGAACUGCACUCCUUCGACCCCAAGCUCCCGCUGGCACAGGACAUGAAGAAAUUUGACGUCAAGAGUGUGGUUUUGGAACUGCGUUUCGGCAAGGACUAUCCCAUGGCUCCACCCUUCGUCCGCGUCAUCCGACCGCGAUUUCUUAGCUUUGCAGCUGGGGGUGGUGGUCACGUCACUGCGGGUGGUGCCAUGUGCAUGGAGCUCUUGACAAACGACGGGUGGAGCGCCGCAUCUUCUAUUGAAUCUGUCUUGGUUCAAGUACGCAUGGCUAUUACCAGCCUCGAUCCAAAGCCGGCUCGUCUCGAAAGAGGUGGACGAUACGAUUAUGGAGUUGGUGAGGCGGUCGAGGCAUAUAUGCGCGCAUGUGCCAUGCACGGAUGGACCGUGCCUGUGGGAUUCAAGGAGACGGCAUACGGUGGUGCAGAAGGAUCAGGCCACUUUGGCUAG